UCUGUUUCGGUUCAAUGGCAUUAAUAUUUCCUCUCUCUAUUCCUGUCUUUCUCUAUCCCUUAAUGAUGCCACCUAUCAUGGUUAUUUUGAUGUUAUGGUGUGCUUUUAUGAAAGUUUUAUUGAAAAGGCGAGAAGGCAGAUACUAAACAAAUCUGGCUGACUGAUACAGAAAAACUCAAUUUCACAGGCUAACUUCAUCUCCCUCAUCAGCAGCUCAGGGCCAAAAUAACUUUUAUUCCUGGAGAAUAUUUAUUUUUUGGAGGAAAAAACCCCACAAAUCUCAGAUUAAUUCUUCCAGAUGCUGUCAGAUGCAAUAGGGAAAAUACAUUAGGAAUAAAACAAAAAUCCCAAAGCAUUUCCUCUUGCCUGCAGAAAACACAAGACCCACCCCAAGCACUUUAUGUCACAGCACAACCAUAAAUAGCAGCUUGCUCUGGGGUGCUGCCCCAUCCUGCCCAGGAAAAAGCUCAUCUCCCCUGCCACACUUCCUUGGGGACACUCUGAGCACUCAGCCUGUGCUGCCAUCCACACUGCAGCACUUUGGCAGGCGGAGGGAAAGGGAUCAAGAGGGAUCAGACAGGCUGGAGAUGGAGCUGCUGGCCGUGCUGGGCUGUGCCCUGCUGUUCCCCAUGGUGGUGGGUGAGGAUUGUCCAUCCCUGUGCAGCUGCUGGUCCCUGGGGGAGGCGUGGGGGAUGCACGUGGACUGCAGCUCGCGGGGGCUGCGCUCCCUGCCCGCCCUGCCACGCCUGACCCGCAGCCUGCACCUGCACAACAACAGCCUGGCCUCCAUCCCUGCUGGAGCCCUGGACAGCCUGGGCCACCUGCAGGAGCUGCAGGUCUGGGACAACCCCUGGCACUGUGACUGUCACAUCCUCUACCUCAAGCUCUGGCUGCAGGAUUUCUCUGCGCCCGCGCUCGCCCGGCUCAGGUGCGCCAGCCCUGCUCAUCUGAGGAUGAAAUCCCUGGGGCAGCUCACUGGGAAUGAUCUGGGUGUUUGUACGAGGCUUCUCCCAACCAAGUCUCUCCAGUUCUUCUGGCGGGACCUCAUUUUAAUUGCUGGAGUGAUAAUUACCCUUAUUUUAGUGGCGCGGGCCCUGAAGAUCUCCAAAAAGCUGAUCUGCCAGCUCACCCUCGGGCGCCGGCACUGGAGGAGGAACAUCCCCAAAACACACAAGAUUCAGCUCUGUGAGUUUAAAACCCAUCACCAUCUCUUGGUGUCCCAGUGGGCUUGGUAGGACCAUUCCUGUGUGCAGAACAACUCAGCCACCUCUUCCUCAGGUUCAGGAGCUUUCUGCCACCAAAAACACCAAGAUUAUAUACACUGGAUACUGAAUGUAUCCCUUACUGAAUACACUUAAAGAUGACCUGGUAAUGAGAAUAUAAUCAGCAAAAUAAUUUUAAAUCUUCUUGAAUUUCCUGGAGGGUGAACAAUAAUAAAGCAUUCUAUGUGAAACUGAAAUAAUGGAUGCUUAUUGAACAUUCAUAUUGACCCAAAUGUGAUCUCUUUCUAUGAAUCUAAACAUUUCUGAUUAAAUUUCUAAGAUAUUUCCAGAACUUGUCCUCUGGAGAUAAUUUUAGAAUAUUUCCCCUGCACUGAGCUUUUCAAUUUUUUAAAAGACAACCAACAUUCUGUAGGAAUGCAGAAUAUUACAGAAGAAAUGCACUCUGCCAUCUCUCAUGGAAUUUCCUACAUGAUAUUUCUUGUUUCCCCAAAAUGAAAUAAAUCAUUAACACUAAAAAGCUUAUCACUCUCUUCUGUUCUAUAAACCAGAUAUGCAUAGAAUAGUAAACUGUUUUACUACAUGGCUUCAAUAGUACAAAUGUUUUUAAAAUGAGCAAUUAGCAAUCAUUUCUGCUUACACCAACCAACAUAUCGAAUAAGAUGCACAGAAUACAGGAAAAAAAAGAAUUGAGAGAACUUUUCUGUCCUUAUAAGAGGAAAGAGAAGGGAAUCUCUUCCAUGGCAGUAGCUCACAUUCUACCAAAACAGCGUUGUAUUUAGAACACUUGGUCCAUUUGGGUUU